AUGUAUUUUCCAGGCUGCAGCUUUGGCUCCAUUCCUGCACCGUUCUCAUUUUUCGCGGAGCCCCGCAGCGGCGCCCCGGGCCGGCUGGAGGGGCACCGGGGCUUCGGCCGCCCUCCAGCGGGGGAGCACCUCCGCCUCUCCCCGGCGGACAGACCGCCGCCCUGCUUCAGCUUCCCGGGGAAGGCUGCUUAUCGCGGUUUACCGCCUCCACCCGCGGCGGUCUUCCCGGCGGAUGGACGGGGGCUGCUCGGCGGGGCGGCUGUCGGGGACUCCCCGCGGCAGGAGGCGCUCCCCCCGCAGGGCUUCCCCGGCGGAGCCGCGGGGUUCCCCGCCGCCUUCGGACUCCCGCAGCCGGGCCGCUGCCGCAGAGGAGGAGGGCUGCUCCCGGGACACACGGCCGGGAAACACGCGGAGAAAGAAGCGAGGAGACCGAGCGAGGAGACGGACUGUCGCCGCCGGGACAGCGGCGAGGUGAGGGCGGGGCCAGAGUCACCUCCGGCCGGGAGGGACGGCGAGGAGGAGCCGCUGUUCUCCAGCCGGAGCCCCGGGAAGCACGAGCAGCAUCCCACGACAGACUGCUGUGAGAGGAGGAAGAAGCGCUGUCCUUACUCCAAGCUGCAGAUCAUCGAGCUGGAAAAAGAGUUUCUGUCCAACAUCUACAUCAACAAGCACAGACGCACGCAGCUGUCCUGCCUGCUGCAGCUCACAGACAGGCAGGUGAAGAUCUGGUUCCAGAACCGGAGGAUGAAGCAGAAGAAGCUGGAGCGAGAGAGACUGCAGUACUUCACUGUCUACCCGCCGUUCUGA